AUGGUAGUGACCCGGUCGGUUGAAGCUGAGGCUGUGCUGGCUCGUCUCCCUCCAUUGAUCAUGGGGGGAGCUGGUUUCAGCUAUCAACUAAAUUCAAAGCCGGAAUCAUUGCCUGCCGUGGAAAUAAUCAAGGAAGCCCUCGACUUGGGUCUGAGGGCUUUCGACACCUCACCAUACUACGAGCCCUCGGAGCAGAUAAUGGGCGCUGCCCUCUGUCAUGCUGACAUUACCACUAAAUAUCAGAGAAGUGAUUACCUUCUGAUCACGAAGGCCGGCAGGAUCACGGAGAAGAAUUUCGACUAUUCCUCUGCCUGGAUCAAGAAAUCAGUAGCUCGGUCACUGCAUCGUUUUGGAACCGACUAUCUCGACGUGGUCUUUUGUCAUGAUGUCGAGUUUGUCAGCAUUGAGGAGAUCAUCGAAGCGGUGGGAACACUAUUUGAGUUAUCAGAUUCGGGGGUGAUCAGAUGCGUUGGCAUCUCAGGAUACAGCAUCGACAUGCUCAUCGAGGCAUCCAAGAGAAUCUUGUUUAAAUAUGGCCGGCCACUUGAUGUGGUCCAGGUCUGGGCGCAGCUCACAUUGCAAAAUACGCAACUCGAACGAAAAGGCUUAAGUGCCCUGCAAAAAGCUGGGGUUAGGGCCGUUUGCAGUUCAAGUCCCUUGGGUGCUGGAUUACUGAGGAAUGGGGGAGUCGCCCUUGGUGCGCUUGGGAACUGGCAUCCGGCGCCUCCGCAGUUGCGAGCGGCAGCUCAAAGAGCAGCUGAAUGGGUCGAAUCUCAAGGCGAUGUUCUGUCAUCGCUUGCCCUGCGAUUUGCAAUUGCGAAGGCUCAGCAAAAUUCGAGGCCGGGGUACACGGUUACAACUAUCACAGGAAUAGGUUCUAUAUCGGACCUGGAGGAGAACGUUGCUACGGCUUGCAAAAUUCUUCGUCGCAAAGAGACAGUGCCUGGGACCUCAGAAUUGCAAGCCGUCGGAUUCGAUCAAUCUCUUACACUUGAUAACGAGGCGGUGAAACAGGACAGCAGACUCUACGAAGGAGUCAGACAGAUUCUAGGCCCUUGGUUAGAUUUCGACUUCUCUGGGCCGCCAGCCAGUUCGAAUGGAGUAGGUCAGAAAGGUCAAGAUGCUAGCCAGGGAACAACGUCUGAGGAUUUGGAUCCUGUUAGCCGUCUAUAG